GGCUCCGUCCCAGAACGUAAUAGCCUCCUUUCUACAUUUAUUCAUUAGGACAUAAUCUUCUUCUACCCUAGUAGAUGCUGCUCUACUAGAAUUGUAAUCUUCAUAGUGUGGAGUUCUGAUGGCAAUUAUUUAAUCUGUCUGUGAUUUCUUAUUAAAUUUUUGAUAGGCGUGUUGAUGCCUAGUUGUCACCUCAGCAAGAGGUUCAUUCUGGGAUUGCCCGUGGAAUCUCUCACCCCAGAAUUGCUUCUGGGAACGUUCCCUGUCAGAGGAACUGGAGUCACUCUUGCCAAUGACUUGAUAGGUGAAGCUACUUCAAGAACAAUGAAGAAAACUUUCCCUAGAUGCAAUACUGACUCAGGUCUAACAACGACCCAUGGAUACUCAAACACAUCUGGUCGUGUAACACAGUGUUUUGGGUUCUUCUUUAUCACUUCUGCAGCAGUGAUAGGCUGCUUGUAUAUAUCCACAAACCUGCCUCGAUACACCAGUUUCAGCACGCCUUACUCGCCUGUUACAACUCCCAUUUCUCUGGUUCUCAUCAGUAGUAAAAGCAAGUGAACAUUGACGAAGAGGGAAUGCAAUUCAUCAGCCUGCAUGUUCUUACAGGCCUUCCCCUCUUGCCUGGUGACAAAACUUGACGGAUAGCACAAGGAUAAUCUUUGCAGAAAUGAGUAUGGUAUUUGUACCGUUCACUAGCCUUGGCUGUAACGUAGACAUUUAUCAUUAUUCUAGUCUAUUUUUAAUAGAGCCUAUAUCUUUAC